AUGCAGAACCUGGAGUCCCCAAAUAACCUGAUCCCGAGUGGCCAGCAGGAAAAGUUCGUCUGCCUUAUUGGGAGUGAUUGUCUGUCUGAAGAGACACGCCCGGUCUGUCCCUUCCCUGCUGCCACGGACCCCGCCUUGCCCCAGACCAUGGCGAUGGCUGCAGCGGGGCCGGCGCAGCUCCAGGUGGCGUUUGAGGACAUCGCUCUGUAUUUCACCCCGGAGGAGUGGGAGCUCUUAUCCCAGCCAGAGAAGCAGCUAUACCGGGACCAGAUGCUGCGGAAUUACCGGGCCCUCGUUUCCCUGGGCUAUUCAGGUUCCACACCGGACUUAAUCCACCGGAUCGAGGUAGGGGAGGCAGAGCUCUGGAUCCAGGAUGCCGAGAACUCCAGGGAAAGCUCAGGGCCUGAGAGCCCCUCCCGAGGGCACGGGAUCCCGGGAGGAACGAGGAGACGGUCUGAAUGUGGGGAGAGUGUGAGAGGAAAGCUGGAUCCCACGGUCCACGGGGGAAACCGUGGACAGGAUGGAGUCAAUCCCCAUGCCGAGUGUGGGAAUGGACUCAGCCAGAGACCGGACCUGGCUACACACCAGAGGCUUGCCGCGGGGCAGCAAUCCCACGGCUGUGUCGACUGCGGCAAGAGGUUCAGCAACGCCUCCGCACUGACCCAGCACCGGCGAACGCACAGCGGGGAGCGGCCGUACCGCUGCGCCGACUGCGGCAAGGGCUUCAUCAGAGCCUCCGCACUGAACCAGCACUGGCGCACGCACACCGGGGAGCGGCCCUACCGCUGCGCCGACUGCGGCAAGGACUUCGCUCAGCUCUCACACCUGUCAGCACAUCAGCACACGCACACUGGGGAGCAGCUGUACCGCUGUGCUGACUGCGGCCAGAGCUUCUGCUGGGCCAAGUCACUGCACCGGCACCGGCGCACGCACACCCAGGCGUGGCCAUACCACUGCGCCGACUGCAGCAAGGACUUCAGUGAUGCCGCCUCGCUGAGCCGGCACCGGCGCACGCACACCGGGGAGCGGCCCUACCUCUGUGCCGACUGCGGCAAGAGCUUCGGCAACGCCUGGACGCUGACCCAGCACCGGCGCACGCACACCGGGGAGCGGCCGCACCGCUGCGCCGACUGCGGCAAGGGCUUCAGCAACGCCAGCACGCUGACCCAGCACCGGCGCACGCACACCGGGGAGCGGCCGUUCCGAUGCACUGACUGCGGCAAGCGCUUCGGCAACGCCAGCACCCUGACCCAGCAUUGGCGCACACAUACUGGGGAGCGGCCGUACCGCUGCGCUGACUGCGGCAAGGGCUUCAGCAACGCCAGCACGCUGACCAAGCACCAGCGCACGCACACCGGGGCACAGCCAUACCGCUGCACCACCUGCGGCAAGGACUUCAGCCAACAGGCAAACCUUACCAGAAUACACUGGUUUACGCACACCGGGGAGCGGCCACACCACUGCUCUGACUGCGGGAAGGGCUUUGCACAGAGCUCAAACCUGAGAGCACACCAGCGCACGCACACCGGGGAGCGACCACACCGCUGUGCUGACUGCGGCAAGGGCUUUGCACAGAGCUCACACCUGAGACUACAUCAGUGCACGCACACUGGGGAGUGGCCGUACUGUUGUGCACACUGUGGUAAGGGAUUCAGUAGUGCCAACACACUGACGCUGCACCAGCGCACGCACACCGGGGAGCGGCCGUAUCGCUGUGCUGACUGUGGGAAGAGCUUUGCACAGAGCUCAAACCUGAGAACGCACCAGCGCACGCACACCGGGGAGCGACCACACCGCUGUGCUGACUGCGGGAAGAGCUUUUCACGGAGCUCAAACCUGAGAACACACCAGCGCACGCACACCGGGGAGCGGCAGUACUGCUGUGCCGACUGUGGUAAAAAGUUCAGUAGUGCCAACACACUGACACUGCACCAGCGCACGCACACCGGGGAGCGGCCGCACCACUGUGCUGAAUGUGGGAAAAGCUUUGCAGAGAGUUCAAAGCUGAGAAUACACCAGCGCGCGCACACUGGGGAGCGGCCACACCACUGUGCUGACUGCGGGAAGGGCUUUGCAGAGAGCUCAAAGCUGAAAAUACACCAGCGCACGCACACAGGGGAGCGGCCGCACCGCUGUGCUGACUGUGGCAAGGGCUUUGCACACAGCUCAAACCUGAGAACACACCAGCGCACGCACACCGGGGCGCAGCCACACCGCUGUGCUGACUGCGGGAAGAGCUUUGCACGAAGCUCAAACCUGAGAAGACACCAGCGCGCACACACCGGGGAGCGGCCGUACUGCUGUGCUGACUGCGGGAAGGGCUUUGCACAGAGCUCAAGCCUGAGAAUACACCAGCGCACACAUCAGGGGCAGCCACACCGUUGUAACGAUUCUAGUAAGAAUUUCAGCAAAACCAGAGCACUGAACAAGCACCAGCGCACGCACACUGGGGAGAGGACAUUGCGAUGCAUUGGCUGCAGCAGGAGCGUUGCACGGGCCUCCUCCUUGCUACCACAUCGGUUCAUUCACAGCCGAGAACAGCGGUACAGCUGUGCUGGCUGGGGCAAGCUCUUUGCUAGAUUGGCCAACCUCACCCGGUCACGUACCCCAGUGCCCUUCUGCCACCACCAGGGCCUGAGGGGCUUCUGGCAGUCCGUGGGCCUGACACAGCUCCAGCAGAUGCAGAUCAGGGAGUGGUCCUGUCCCCAUGAUGCCCAGCAGAGAGACUGGGGGGAUAGGGAACGGGACUUGUCCUCGCUGCCCUCCGAAGGCCAGGACAGAACCCAGGAGUCCGGGCUCCCAGCCCUCCUGCAGCUAGCGCCCCACGGCACAGCGGGGACCGGGCUGCCCCCUUAUGGGCUCCUGCCGCCAGGGCACCAGGUGCCGCGAGCGCCCCCGGAGAUUGGAUUCGGGACCCAGGCGUCCGGGGAGCUGGACCGGAAGGUCCCCGCACUGGGGCCUCCCCCGGCUGCUGGAACUGGCGGCGCAGGCGCGGGGCCCUUGAGUCGGGGACGGGCGGGGAGCGCAGCAGGGCUGGAGCCGGCGCGUCCCGCAGCCCAGCGAGCGGAGCCUUCCCGGGUCAGCCCGGCCCCCUGGGUCCCAGCUCGGCCCGUGCGCAGGGCGGGGAGCGGGCGAGAGGCGGCACCGGGGAGGCACCAGCCGCGCGGCGGGAAGUCGCUGCCCGGCUGGAGGAAGCGGCCGGAGCCGGGGCCGAGCCCGGCGAUGGCUGCAGCGGGGCCGGCGCAGUGUCCCCAUCACUGCAUCGACUGCAACAAGAGGUUCAGGAACCCCUUCGCACUGACGCAGCACCAGCUCACGCACACCGGGGAGCGGCCGUACUGCUGCACUGACUGUGGCAAGAGCUUUGCAAAGAGCUCAGCCCUGAGAACACACCAGCGCACGCACACCGGGGAGCGGCCGUAUCACUGCACUGACUGCGGAAAGGGCUUUGCAGAGAGGUCAACCCUGAGAGCACACCAGCACGCACACACCGGGGAGAGGCCGCACCACUGUGCUGACUGCGGCAAGGGCUUUGUACGGUUUGCACACCUGAAAAGACACCAGCGCACGCACACCGGGGAACAGCCGUACAGCUGCACCGACUGUGGCAAGGGCUUUGCGCAGAGCGCAAGCCUGAGAAUACAUCAGCGCACGCACACCGGGGAGCGGCCGCACUGCUGCACUGACUGUGGCAAGAGCUUUGCAGAGAGCUCAACGCUGAGAAUACACCAGCGCACACACACCGGGGAGCGGCCGUAUCACUGCACCGACUGUGGCAAGAGCUUUUCAACGAGCUCAAUACUGAGAAGACACCGGCGCACACACACCGGGGAGCAGCCAUACCGCUGCAAUUACUGUGGCAAGAGCUUUGCACAGAGCUCAAUACUGAGAAUACACGAGCGCACGCACACUGGGGAGCGGCCGUACCUCUGUGCUCACUGCGGCAAGGGUUUUGCACGGAGCACAUACCUGAGAACGCACCAGCGCACACAUAGCGGGAAGCGGCUGCACCAUUGCACUGACUGCGAUAAGUGUUUUGCACAGAGCUCAUCCCUGAGAAAACACCAGCGCGCACACAGCGAGGAGCAGCCACAUCGCUGCACUGAAUGUGGCAAGAUCUUUGCGGGGAGCUCAAAGCUGAGAAAACAUCAGCGCACACACACCGGGGAGCGGCCGUACUACUGCACUGACUGUGGCAAGAGCUUUUCAGACAGCUCAAAGCUGAGAAGACACCAGCGCACGCACACCGGGGAGCUGCCGUAUCGCUGCACCGACUGUGGCAAGGGCUUUGCCCAGAGCUCAACCCUGAGAAUACACCAGCGCACGCACACAGGGGAGCGGCCACAUUGCUGCACUGACUGUGGCAAGGGCUUUGCCCAGAGCUCAACCCUGAGAAUACACCAGCGCACGCACACCGGGGAGCGGCCGUACCACUGUGGCGAUUGCAAGAAAAGCUUCAGCAUUGCCAGUACGCUGACCAGACAUCAGCGCACACACACCGGGGAGCAGCUGUACUGCUGUGCCAACUGUGGUAACGGGUUCAGCAAGGCCAACAAGCUCACCCAGCUCCAGUGCAUGCACACCGGGGAGCAGCCGGAUCGCUGUGCUGACUGUGGCAAGGGCUUUGCACACAGCUCAAACCUCUGAAGACAUCAGCGCACACACCCCGAGGAACGGCCAUUCCAAUGCACUGUCUGCAGAAAAAUCUUUGCACAGAGCCAAUACCUGAGAAUACACCAGUGCAUUCAUGGCGGGGAUCGGAUGUACAGGUGUGCUGACUGCCACAAAUGCUUUGCUCUCUUGGGCAACCUCACCUGGCACCAGUUGACUCACUAACACCCCUCUGCCACUGCCAGAGCCCAAGGGGCUUCUGGCAGCUGGCGGGCCUGGCACAGCACCAGCAGAUGCAGACCGGGAGUGGUCCUGUCCCCAUGAUGCCCAGCAGAGACUGUGAGGGACAGGGAAUGGGACUUGGCUGAGCAGUGUGGGGAAGAACAGACAGGUGGGGGGAUUUUAGAGUAGAUGGUCACAGCCUACUGCAUUAGGGACCCCCCUGCAUCUAGGUGGGGUCCAGCCAGGGGUCUCUCUGUCAAACUCCCCACAACACACAGAGCUGUGAGGCAGCCAGGACAAUCCCCCCCCCCACACACACACACAGAUGGGACUGAGUCAGGAACUUCCCCCCACACCUACCUCGUUUUGAGCCAGGGGGUGAUUCUUAGGUGAUAUCUGGAGAUGGGAUUUGCAGUCCUGUCUCAGCAUGGAUUGGGUUGAGGGGCGGGACAGCCCAGUGCAUGUGAUUGAAAGAAGACUCAGGAACUGCUCAUACCAUCUAUUUUAAAUAGAAAUGUGAUGAAGAAAAACUAUGUACCUAAUGUGUAACAAAGGUCUGUCUAACCAGGUGUAUCUUUGCUAUUAAAGAAGCUGAUGCAUUUGGUUGGUGUGUGGAGAAGCCAAUGUGAAGUGUAAAUCUUUAAAAUAAACCAGCCCAAAUGUACUAAGGCCUAACUGACCAUGAUGCCUGAUGAACUGUGUGAUUGGCAGGUGCAAAGAGAGUUUUGCAUUACUCCUUGGGGAAUUC